UUCAGUUCUCUCCAAAUGUUUGCCCUGGCGACGAGUGGCCGAUAGCGCUGUGGCUUUUGAUUCCUGGCAUCAAUCGAUCAGCUCCCUGUGCGCCACCUGGAGCUACUGCAAGCUAGACGAGCGCAUCUCCACAUCCACACCACCCCAUCUGGCCUCCUUCAAUCUAGCACGGCCGGCUCUUUGGAGAGUAGAUUCAUCAUGGAGCAACUCAGCUGCCCAGCGUCCAAGAAUCAUGGAGUUAUUUCCUGUAGUGGAGCUUUACAGAAACACGGUGAGACGGGGGAAUUUGGAGCGAAGAAAGUGGUCCUGGGGGCAGCAUAAAUAGCGGUACAUGGGGAUGUGGUCUUCGCAUGUCAACUCGUCCAGAUUGAGGGAUCAACAGUGAUCAGCAUUUGCGCUGUCCCUUCCCCACCCUCUUAUCAUUCGUUUCGUUGCGUUUCAAUCUAGUCCCUCGUUUGCCCUAGACUCUUCGAGUCGCGUUCACAAUGGUGGUGCCAGAUCUAGUCCUGCGCGUUGGCUGCUUCUUUGGGUUUUUAACCUGCAACACUCCCCCGGGAGAGUGGCCUGAAGCAUCGCCAACCUGGUCUUUCCCUGGGCCUCCUCCUCCGUGGGCGACAACCACUUCGAUUAGCACCACCAGUGCUACCAGUACUAGUACUACUCCAACGCUUCCGCCGACCAGCACGCCCACGACUAGCAUUCCCACCACGGACACGACCACCACUGAACCCACCGAGACUCCAAGCACUACUCCGACCGUUACUGUCACUACGACUGAUUCGACAUCCACGUCUGGCGAUCCCACCUCCACCACCGAUUCUACCAGCUCCCCGGAUUCGAGCACUGACACUACCACGACUUCUGCUACUUCGGACACUACCACGGAUACGACUAGUACUCCCGACCCUACUAGUACAUCGGACACUACUAGCACUACGGACACUGCCUCUACUUCUGGUACUCCCGACACUAGCUCGACUUCUACGACUGGCACGCCUGACUCUACUUCUACUACCUUUACUACUUCUCCCAGCCCCGGUACUUCCACUACUAGUGCUACCACUCCUACUUCUAGUACUACCAGUACCUCUGUCACCAGUCCCACCACUAGCCCUACUACUUCCCCUACCACCUCGUCCAGCAUGUCGGUCACCACGACAAGCUCGAGCGUGGUCCCCUCUGCCACUGGCACCAUUGCCGCCAACAUCCUGGUCAUCGCUCGCGACAACACCCAGGCGGCAGUGGCUUACUCUGGUCUCAAUGGCUACGGUAUCCCGUACAGCACUCUCAUUGUGCCCCAGGCCGGCGUGGAGCUCCCCUCGCUAAACACUUCCACUGGAGGAAACUUUGGCGGUAUUGUUGUCGCCGGCGAAGUCAGCUACGACUACGGCACCGAGGGCUGGCGUAGUGCUCUGACCGACGACCAAUGGAACCAGCUGUAUGCGUACCAGCUCGCGUACGGCGUGCGCAUGGUGCAAUACGAUGUUUACCCCGGUCCCAAGUUCGGUGCCACUGCCCUGUCAGGCGGCUGCUGCGCCAGUGGCGUUGAGCAACUGAUUUCUUUCUCCGAUGUGAGCGACUUUCCGACUUCUGGCUUGCGAACCGGCGCUGGUGUGAGCACCCAGGGCUUGUGGCACUACCCGUCCUCCAUCAGCGAUACGGCCACCACCAAACAGAUCGCCGUCUUUGCAGCUGGCGGCGGCGUCAGCGGCGAAUCAACCGCUGCGGUCAUCAACAACUUUGCGGGCCGCCAGCAAAUGGUCUUCUUCAUCGGCUUCGACACAGUUUGGAGUGAUACCUCCAACUACCUCCAGCACGCGUGGAUUACGUGGAUCACCCGCGGCCUGCAUGCAGGAUACCGCCGCGUCAACCUGAACACCCAGAUCGACGACAUGUUCCUGCAGACGGACAUUUACCAGCCUGCAGGCCAGAUCUACCGCAUCGGCACCGCCGACAUGGACGGCAUCUCCGCCUGGCUCCCCAGCAUCCGCGCAAAGCUCAACCCGGGCAGUACCUACUAUGUUGAAAUUGGCCACAACGGAAACGGCAACAUCGAGGCUGGCCAAGAGGUCGUCGGCUGGGACACCUGCAGCGGAGGCGCCAUCUACUACGAUGUGCCUGAAGACACCCCUGCCGAGUGGCGCAAGCCCCUGGGUACCGGCGAGAGCCGCUGGCCCGUGACCCCGAGCUCGUUCUCGUGGACCAGCACCUGCAUGAAUGCCGACCCUCUGCUCAUCUGGUUCCAAGAGCACCUCAACGAAUACGCGCAUCUGUCUCACACCUUUACCCACUUGGAGCAGAACAACGCUACCUACGACGAUAUCAACAAGGAAAUCUCCUUCAACAAGAUCUGGCUCGAGCGCGUCGGCUUCACCGCCGGAACCCACUUUACCUCCAACGGCAUCAUCCCCCCUGCCAUUACUGGUCUGCACAACGGUGACGCCCUGCGCGCCUGGUGGGACAACGGCAUUACCAACUGCGUUGGUGACAACACCCGCCCUGCUCUGCUCAACACGCAGAACCGCAUGUGGCCGUACUUCACCAAUGUCGCUUCUGACGGCUUUGACGGGAUACAGGUCAACCCGCGCUGGGCGACCCGCAUCUACUACAACUGCGACACCCCCGCGUGCACGACGCAGGAGUGGAUCGACACCUCUGCCGGUGCUGGUGACUUCAACAACCUCCUCGCCGUCGAAAGGACCGAGACGAUCCGCCACUUGUUCGCGCUCGCCCGCGACGGCUACAUGUUCCACCAGGCCAACCUGCGCAACUCAGAUAUCGACCCCAUCACCGUCAACGGCGAGACGGGCCAGUUCUCCAUCUUCCAGGCCUGGGUUGAGACUGUCGUCCAGGAAUUCACCCGCCUCGUCACCUGGCCCCUUGUGACCAUCACCCACCAGCAGAUGUCCGACGCCUUCCUCCAGCGCUACCGCCGCGACCAGUGUGGCUACGCCCUCAGCUACGUGCUCGACAACAACGCAAUCACCGGGGUGACCCUCACCGCAAACGGCAACACCUGCGACGCCGCCAUCCCCAUCACCUUCCCCACGGCCCCCUCCAACACCCACGGCUUCACCACCGAGCAGCUUGGAAGCGACCCCGUGACCGUCUGGGCGCAGCUCUCCGGCUCGCCGGUGACUUUCCCUCUGUCGAGCCCGAUUGCGCUCUAGACGCGACAUGUCUCGGCUGGUAGAAUGUCAUUGAUCGAGAUUGAUGAUCUAGAUUGAUGGCAUGAUGGUGUGGUUGGAUGCGAGGGGUGCCAGCGCAGUCGCAGCGUACACCUUUAUUUAGUUGCUGCUAGCUGCACUAAUCCUUUACAUCCCCCACUACAUACUGUAUUGAGGAUGGAGACUUUUAGUCCUUAGUUCUUAGUACUUAAUGAUUAAUGGAUCGAUUG